AAGUUAUACUUACUACCGACGCCCCCCUUAAAUAACCGCUGUGAUUUCAAGGUUUGCUCGCGGACUCCAUUCAACAACAUGGCGAACGUCGAAAGAGUUGUAGAUUUGGUCGAAGGUCAAUUUGAUGAUGCUGAUUUGAGUGACGAUAAUGAAGACAGCAUAAUUUAUUUUGACUACACUCCAAGACAAGAUGCUGAAGGUAAUUUGGAGGAUAUUCAUCCCGAAGACAAUGAAGACUGGUCCUGGGAGGAAGAAAAUGGAGACAUGAUUAAGACUUUCAAUGGAAGCAAAAAUCGAGUGACUAUGAGUGGAAAUAGAUGUCAAAAUCAAUCUUUCCAGCCAAAUGAGAAAGCUUGGCAAAAAUUCAACAACAAAAUACGAAUAGAAAAAUACGAGGGUCCUCCACUGCCUAAUACGACCGCAAAUAUUUUGAUUGAAUCAGAAAAAAGACGCGAGAACGACAGAAUCCGUGUAAAAGACAAGUCUGAUAGAGCUACCAUAGAACAGGUUUUGGAUCCGAAAACUCGCAUGAUUAUCUUCAAGUUGCUUUCUCGUAAUUUUAUCUCGGAGAUAAACGGCUGCAUCAGUACUGGCAAAGAGGCUAACGUUUAUCAUGCUUCAGCCAAGGAAGACAAAGAACGCGCUGUGAAGGUUUACAAAACGUCCAUUUUGGUCUUUAAAGAUCGCGACAAAUACGUUACGGGUGAAUUCAGGUUUCGACACGGUUACUGUCGUCAUAAUCCCAGAAAGAUGGUACGAACAUGGGCGGAGAAAGAAAUGAGAAAUCUUACAAGAUUAUACAAUGGCGGAGUGCCCUGUCCUCAACCUAUACUACUGCGAAGCCAUGUACUUCUCAUGGAGUUUCUCGGGACAAACGGAAGACCUUCACCACUUCUCAAGGAUGUAAAUCUGACCGAAUCAAAAGCAAGAGAAUUGUAUUUACAAUGUGUAAGGAUCACACGGGAUAUUUACUGGAAAGCCAAACUUAUCCACGCCGAUCUUAGCGAGUUUAAUAUGAUCUAUCACAACGACGGUAUUUUUAUCAUCGACGUUUCGCAAUCAGUUGAACAUGAUCAUCCUCGAGCCUUGGAAUUUUUACGUAAAGAUUGCACCAAUAUAGCUGAUUUUUUCCGUAAGAAAGGUGUUUGUGUGAUGACAGUACGAGAGACGUUCGAUUUUGUCACGGAUCCCAACAUCAACGAUGACAACAUCGAGGAAUAUUUGGAAGAGGCUCAAAAAAUCGUGUUAUCUCGCUCGAAGAAAAGCAAAAACGACGCCGAAGAAGACAUUAAAGAGGAGGUGUUUAAGAAUGCAUUCAUUCCGAGAACUCUAGAAGCCGUCUUGGAUUUUGAAUACGACAGACAGAAAGCAAGGCAGGGACAAACUGAUGACAUACUAUACAGAACACUUACAGGAAUGAAUGCAGAUUUAUCGGGCACUCAACAGGAUCCUGUGCUGUUACAUAAAGUGACCGAUGCAGAAAAAGGAAUUCUUGAAACAAGGAAAUGUGAAAACGUCACAAAGGAAUUUAACCAUUUUGAACAGGAAACCAAUACAGGAAAAAAUAUUCCUGAAACAAGGAACUUAGAGAAUGUCAAAGCGGAGUAUGAUCUGCUUCAACAUGUGACUGACACAGACGAAGGAAUUUUUGACACGAGGAAAUGCAACGACGUCAAUAAGGAUGAUGACAGUGAUUAUGAACGUUCAACUACGACAGAUGACGAUGAUGAUAAAGAAAAUGAUUCAAAUCUUACCAAAGAGGAAAGAAAACGACUAAGAAAAGAACACAAGAAGGAAGUAAAGGAAGCGAACAGAGAGAAACGAAAGACAAAGACUCCGAAACAUGUUAAGAAACGCAAACAAAAGCUAGCUCAACUUAGGAAAGGAAAAUAAUAAAUUUUAUAGUUCUAA